UCGUGUGGCAUUUCGGAAACAGCAUGGUGGAAAGAAGAACGUGGUAGUAUUUAUUUGUAUCAUAGUAAUGUAAGACGUAGGUAAAUGCAUCGAACUGCAUAUUAAAUAUACACAAUGUUGCAGUUUGCUGCCUGCCAAGAAAUUGUAACUCGCUAGCUAACCUACAGACAAUUUAACUUAGCUAAGAUAGUCAACUUAGGGUUAUCUCAACAGUUAGCUACUACUAGCUGGUUAAAUAAGUUAAUAGACAGCGAUUGAGAAAGCUACAUAGCCUCCUGGUCAAAAGAAGAUUUUGAAAUCGGAGUUAUUUGGUUACUGCCCAGCCGAAGUAGUUAACGAUGUCCAAAAUUAAGGCAAAACCGUCCGACACGGCUGUGGCAACGAAGGCGCCAAACUCUCAGAAGAGCAACCUAAAAUCUGGGAAGAAAAAGAGGUUUUGGAAAUAUAGUGAAAAUGUGGCAACAGCAAAUCAUACGAAGAAACCCAUAUUUGCUCUUCCUCCCAAGGAUCCCCAACUGUUCUCAACAAACUGGAAAACACUGCAAGAGACAUUAAAAAUGAGCACCAAGGUGAAAAGCACUGCAGCUGACCAAGUUGAUAAGGACCAGAGCUCCAGCCAAGGAAAAGUUCAGAAGAAACAUUCUGGACAUAUUCCUAAUAAGACUGGCAAACCACAGGUGUGCCCAAAAAACUCAUUAAAACUCAAUGAGAAUGGCAGUCAGCCCUCUGUGUCCAAACCGUCCAAGGCCCUGAAAAGAAAGUGUACAGAUGGAAAGGUGCCGACAGAGACCACUGAACCGAAAAGUAAAAAGAAAAAGGAGAAGAAGGCUGAGGAACAGGCUGUGAAGAAGCCAACUGAGGAAGAUCUCUGGUUUGAUGAUGUGGACCCAGAUGACAUUGAGGCCACGGUGGGGACCGAAGCCGCUGACAUCAUCCGCAGGAGACGCGGGACAAAGACGGACCGGCAGUCCACUGAUGCCGCCCUUGUGAAGGACCGUGCUUUUGAGGGACUGACCAGAGCGGUGGCUAUGGACUGUGAGAUGGUUGGGGUUGGGCCUGAUGGUGAGGAAAGCAUUGUGGCCAGGGUAUCUCUUGUGAACCAGUUUGGAAAGUGCAUCUAUGACAAAUACGUCAAGCCCACAGAGCGAGUGACUGACUACAGGACAGCAUUCAGUGGUAUCCGGCCAAAAGACAUCAUCAAUGGGGAAAAUGUGAAGACUGUACAGAAGGACGUGGCUGAUAUUUUACAGGGAAGAGUUCUUGUGGGACAUGCCAUACACAAUGACCUCAAGAUUUUGUUCCUAGAUCACCCAAAAAAGAAAAUCCGCGACACACAGAAAUACAAGCCAUUUAAGAAAACUGUAAAGAGUGGUCGGCCUUCAUUAAAACUUCUCUGUGAGAAGAUACUCCAUGUCAAAGUCCAGCAAGGUGAACAUUCAUCUGUACAAGAUGCCCAAGCAACCAUGCGUCUGUACACAUUAGUGAAGAAGCAGUGGGAGAUGGACAUCAAAGCCAGGCACAAAACAGCCGAAUCGACAAAGGAAAAGACUGAAAGAAAACCCAGGCUUCCAAAGAGCAAAUCAGACUGAGGAGUGUAAUGUGUCUGGUGUAAAACUGAAAUAUUUUUGGAACCACAUUUACUCUGUUUAGAGUAUGCUUUUUCAGUCACUUGAAGAAAACUUGGACUAUGCUGAAGAAUGACACACAUGCCGAGGAAGAAGAGACUGUAUAAGCUUUUAAAGCCAUCUCUCCAUACGUCGGUACUCCAAGGAGUUGCCGUAAAAUAGUGGUGCAUCCACAGUACUAGUACUGCUUGGGAUGAGAACCACAGCCGUGCCCCACUGGAUUGCAUAACAGUUUAUUUGAGCUCAGUCGCUGACAAACAAGUGCAACAAGUGCACUAACGUAGAAUAAGACAUAGACUGUACUUGGCACCGAUGGGUGUGACUUGCUAUUUUACUGUAGUUGAAUGACUAAAUACAUUUGCUCAUUCAUUCACUCUGUUUACAUCUUGUGACAUACUUGCUGGUUUGGAGUUUUCAUGUUCUCACGCUCCUGGUAUGGAAUUAAUCUGAUAAUUUGAUAAUUGGCUCUUUCUGAGAGGUGUCGAGUCCUUUUUUCACCCAGUCUGUCCUAUCACCAGUCGGUACUAAAUUAUAUUAUGUAUUGUGGGUGGUGCCUAGGUGUUUUGCGUUGUGCUUAUCUGGUUUAUCAUUGCCUCCCGGGUGAAGCCAGCUGACCAAAAAUAACUUCUCUUUUUUGUUGGUGACUGUGCACAUGACUAUGUACCUUUUAUUUUAGUUUUGUGCACUUUCAUUUUCACACCUGUUUUGACAGCAUGCAAACUCAAAUGAACAAAUAUCGAUACAGAUAUUGAUAUUAACACAGAUGUUUGCAGUAUGGUUAGCAUUCCUAUCUCACCCAAAUUAAUUUAUAGUUCUACACACAAGCAGUAUUUUUGAGUAGUUUUUUGACUGAGUGAAACUACUUUUCAAAAAAUCUAUGUAUGGGUGACCAAAAUGGACCUGGCCUGGAAUUAUUCAUUUCUGUGCCCCGGUGUAUGAGCCAGAGCUGCUGAGGCCAGGUUAUUCUGUAUUACUUUGCCAUAAAACAGUUUGCUAGUCCUCAUGUCGAGAUGUGCUCUGGAGUUUUUCUUUCCUGUGGGGGAAAAAAAGCCAACCACGCAUUUCAGAACACAGAAUCAAGUGCUAGUCAGUACCAAAACCAUACUAUCCUUUUGAAUUUUUAAGUCUAGGUAGAUUAAAUAUUUUUUAAAAAUGUAACUUUCACUUUGCUGCCAUCUAGUGAAAAAUGGGCCUUGUUGAUUAUAUUGUGUAUUUACAUUCUCUCUGCAUCCAGUUGCUCAUGCCAUGAUGUAUUAAUGCUAGUGUGCACCUGUCUUAUGGGUAUUGAAGCAGGAAGCAACUGGCUUUCCUACUGCAGUGUGAAAGGUCAGGCCUGAACUUAUUUUCUGUGUCGUUCCAACAUUUCAGACCAAUAAAACA